CAACAAUCUAGAAAAAAAAACUCUACACAAAAUUUUAACAGUGUUGCAAAUAAAAUCCAUUGCAAAAUAAGGAAAAAAUUUUCAAAAAAAAAAUUAAGUGAAAGAAAAAGACAAGUUUUGAAAAUAUUUUUGGUGUGCAGUAAACUUUUAAGCCUAGAAGGGCCAAACAUUAAAAAAAUUGGAAUCAUAGUAAACAAUGAUUUAUUAUAAAUAAAUGCUAUUUAUGUAAAGACAUAAAGAAUUUUCAAUUUAAACUUUAGUAAAAGUGUUGUUUUUUUGUAUAUUGCAAAAAUAUUUCAUUUUCUAUUGCAACAGACAUUUUUGUGACUCGCACAAUGUUGCUGUUCAACAUAAUCGUUUUAUUCGGCAUGUAUUGCCUGAUAUUAUUGUGCAACAGUGUUCUGGCCACAGCCAAUGAUUCGGUCAUACGCACCGAAUUGGUGGAUGGCAAUAAUCGCAAACAGAUUUUGGCCAUGUUCAAUUUGACAGAGGCUCAGAUGAGCCAAAUAUAUGCCGGCUUAAGUGCGGCCAAUAAGGAAGCUGAGGCAAAUGGCAGUGUGUAUUUUAAGAAUAUCAGGGAUUUUCGCAUAAAUGAUAUCAAGACUCGCAUUAGCAAUGCAAUUCAGACUAAAAACUCGGAGGAAAUUAUCGAAUACCCAUUGCAUGAAAUGGCCGCCUAUCCCACCUGCAAUUCGGAAACGACAGAAUCCUCAUGGAUGCAUGACAAUAACAUAACCAUACAGUUUUCCAGCUCUUUGUUCGAAAAGAAAAUGCAAAAUUUAAAUCUUGAUUCGGCCACCCUGAGACUAUUCAAAAUAAAUCCCAACGAAAGUUUGGCCUAUGAGCAAGGAUCUACAGCGAGCACCUUUACGGUUGGUAGCAAUGCCAACACUGAUGCUGACAGCGAUGAUGAUGACGAUAUCAGCAAGCCAAAGCGAUGUGCUGAUAUAGCGCUAGAUGCCCAGAUUAGAGUGACGGUUUCGAUUGUCCAGCAAAUGCGUCGCAAUAAACGUGGUGUGUAUGAACGCAAGAAGCGCAUUUGCAAUACCAUUAUGAUGAAUGUCUCCUCCACGGGUUGGGUGGAGAUCGAUAUAAGGCGGGCCAUUUACAUUUGGGAAAAUGUGGGCAAACAGAUGGAGCAGCAAGCGCAACAAACACGCCCCCCCGUUCUGGUGGGCUAUCUUAUGAUCGAGGUGCACGACGAGGAGGAGCAACCCCUGAAGCCGGGCUUAUUCUUUAAGCCACCAAGUUGCAAUCAGGCAGAUCUUGCAAUCCCAUGGAAUUACUACAGACCGAACACGGCUAUGUCUCCAUUUGCAGCGCACGAGGUGCCAAGGUACCCAAGAUUAGAUGUAAAAUUGGUUGGCUACGCCUCCUUUGCGCCCAUUAACCAUCCCAAUGCCCAGCCUGAUACCGUCUAUGCUAGUCUCAAGGAUAAACUAUUCAAUUUAUCGCACAAAUCCGAUUCCAGCGAAACAGAUAACGAAUCAACCACACAAAUAACUUCGGCCGCUUAUAAUCACCUACAGGAAGUGGAUGAGGAUGAACAACAGCAUUUGCAUCACAAACGACAUUUGAAGGUGCAACAGCCAUCCGAACCUUUGGAGGACGAUGAGGAGGAUCAUGAUGCGGAAAUGGAUGAUCAAAACGAAGAAGAGAUGCCUGCCGAAGCCAUUGGCUACAAUUAUAGAACUCAUCCCAGACGUCAUCAUCACAGUCAGCUCCAUCACAUGCGCCAUCAAGAUGAGGGCGAUAAUAAUGAGCAAGGGGAUAAUUCAGAGGAUAUAACCAAUGGUCAUCAUGCCAAUGUCCAUCACAAACAUCAUCGUUUCAGCACAGAAUCACCAUUAGACAUUGUGGAACUUAAUCUGGAAAGGGAACAACAUGAAACAAAAAUUCUGGAGCAUAUUGUUCAUAAAUUGCAAAAAGAGCAGAAACAAUUGAUGAUUAUGCAUCAAAAACAGCAACAGCAGCAGCAGCAGCAACAACAACAGACGCAAGCAUAUGAUAUUUAAAUGCUGCAGAAUAAUGAUUGAAAACUAAACAAACAACACAA